AUGUUACCCCUAGCCAUACAGGACUUUCUGGACUUAUCAUCUGAUCCAGAUUUUGAUGGUUAUCAGGCUGAUACCAGUACCCCCAUCAUGACUUUAUCUGACGAUUUCCUUUUGGAUCCCACCAAUUGGACUUCAGAUCAUCUCAGGUUCAGUAGAGCUACACCGACCAUACCUGCUCCCCCCCUCCCCAAAGACGAUCCAAGCAGCAUGACAGAGCCGGAGAGUGAACCCGAGAUAGCUACACCAACUAUGCCUACUCCCCCCCUCCCAAAAGACGAUCCAAGCAGCGUGACAGAGCCGGAGAGUGAACCUGAGAUAGCUACACCGACUAUACCUACUCCUCCCCUCCCCAAAGACAAUCCAAGAAGUGUGACAGAGCUGGAGAGUGAACCUGAAAACCUACCCCAGCCUGAAUUCAGCACGCCAAAAAAGAAAACCUUCUUUGACACUCCAAGUCCCCCAGGGCCGGAUUCACUUUAUUGGAAGUAUGUGUCGCAUGAAGAGGAUGAAAAAUGGUAUGAUCGUUCGCAAACAGACAACAGCUUUCUUAAAGUACAUUGA